AUGUCAGCAAUAACACGCUUUUCACUUGUGUCAUCAUCUGCUUUAUGUCGUCUAUCACAAAUGAUGAUUACGAAGAAUAAUUUAUUUCUUAAUCAACUACCAACAAUAACUGCAUUAACACCUCAACGUUCAAUUCAAACAUCAGCAAUUAAAUAUGAUAUUGAUAGUGCGGCAAAAUAUAUUGGCGCUGGAGCCGCCACGGUUGGAGUAGCAGGCGCUGGAGCUGGUAUUGGAACAGUAUUUGGUUCAUUGGUUGUUGGCUAUGCUAGAAAUCCAAGUUUGAAACAACAAUUAUUUUCCUAUGCCAUAUUGGGUUUUGCAUUAUCCGAAGCCAUGGGUCUAUUUUGUCUUAUGAUGGCGUUCAUGUUAUUAUUCGCGUUUUAA